AAUCAACAGAAAAAUGAAGACAGCGAAAACCAGCUGAUAAGAGAAAUAUAUAUGUAUACAAAACACUACAUUUAACUGCGUAACACUUGUUAAGUUUCGAUCAACCUUUUGUUUGUUCGUCUCGAUGUCAAACAUAGUCAAAAUUUUCAGUCGAAGUGUCGUCCAGAUAAUCAGAACCAGCAGCAGCGUCAGAAACAAACAGCAGUUGCGCAUUAUGUCAGCUCUACCGAGUGGCGGCUUAGCCAUCGGUGGCCCGAGCAUUGUGGCCGUUGGCCAGAUGCAGUCCACGAACGAUAAAGCCGGCAAUUUGCAGCAGGUGGAAGAGCUAGUUCUGCUUGCAGCUCAGAAAAAGGCGAAAAUGCUCUUCCUGCCGGAAUGCUGUGAUUUUGUUGGUGAGAAUCGCAACGAGACGUUUCAGCUGGUCGAGUCGCUGGACGGACCGCUGAUGGCCAAAUACAAGGAGCUGGCCAGAUGCCAUCAGAUGUGGUUGUCUCUGGGCGGCGUACACGAGUUAAAGGCAUCCACAACAACAUCACCAUCAUCAGAUGACAAAACGGAGCAAAGGAUAUACAAUACACACGUAGUGAUCAACGAUCUGGGUGAGGUGGCGGCCAUCUAUCGCAAGCUGCAUCUGUUCGAUGCGACAACGAAAGAGAUACGCCUGCGCGAAUCGGAUACAGUGGCACCGGGCGAGCGCUUAGAGAAACCAGUGGCCACGCCGGCUGGGCAGGUGGGUCUGCAGAUUUGCUAUGACCUGCGCUUCGCAGAGCCCGCACUGCUGCUGCGCAAACUGGGCGCCCAGGUGCUCACCUACCCGGCAGCCUUUACCCAUGCGACGGGCAAAGCCCACUGGGAGAUUCUGCUUCGUGCUCGUGCCAUUGAGACGCAGUGCUUUGUAAUCGCUGCAGCACAGCAAGGAUGGCAUAAUAAGAAACGCCAGAGCUGGGGUCACGCCAUGAUCAUCAGUCCAUGGGGCGUCGUUCUUGCGGACUGUGGCGGCGAGGAAAAGCUAGCCGUGGGUAUAGCCGAGAUCGACUUGUCGCAACUGGCCAAGAUAUACCAGAGCAUGCCCUGCUUCGAGCAUAGACGCAACGACAUCUACAGCUUGACCGCCUUCAAUCUGAGUCCAUCCAGUGCGGAAUAUGGACAGGAUCGCGCCUUUGCAAACAACACCGUGGACAAGCGAACCAUAUUCUACGAAUCCGAGCACUGUUGGGCCUUCACCAACUUGCGCUGCGUCGUCAAGGGUCACGUGCUGGUCUCCACGAAGAGGAUUACUCCACGGCUCAAUGGACUCAACUGUGCAGAAGUGACGGAUUUAUUUGCCACUGUUUGUAUAGUGCAACGAAUGCUGGAGGCUAUCUAUGGCACCACCUCAGCGACGGUCACCGUGCAGGAUGGCGCCAAUGCCGGUCAGACAGUGCCACACGUACACUUCCAUGUUAUGCCCCGUCGCAAUGGGGACUUCGGGCACAACGAUCAAAUCUAUGUGAAGCUGGACGAGCGAGUUGAGAAUCUGCCACCACGCACGCUCCAGGAGCGCAUUGACGAGGCGGAAAUCUAUCGCACCUUCCUGCGUAAAUGUUGCAUAUAAGCAUCAGCAUAAUCCUUUCUCUAUACGUGUCCACGUGUUUGUCAAUAAAAGAUCGUUUUAAUAAGGUACACCUA